AUGUUCACAAGAAGCUCUGAAGAGAUAACCAUGGACAAGUACAUGUACAGCGACGAUAUCAAAUAUGAAGAGGAAUUUAUUGUGAACUCCCGGGGCAUCAAGCUGUUCACUUGCGGAUGGAAACCACGCAAUUUAGAGCCAAAGGGUUUGAUCUUCAUUUGCCAUGGAAUUGCAGCAGAGUGCAGCGUAUCAAUGAGAGAUACGGCGUCUCGUUUGGUGCGCGCCGGGUAUGCCGUCUACGGGGUAGAUCACGAGGGGCACGGCAGGUCAUCUGGCCUGAGAUGCUACAUACCAAACUUCGGCGACGUCGUCGAUGAUUGCUCCAGCUAUUUUAAGAGUGUUUGCGAUAAGCCGGUGAACAGGGAGAAGAAGCGGUUCCUGUACGGGAUCUCCAUGGGUGGGAGCGUGGCACUUCUCCUCCACAGGAAGGAGCCGGCUUACUGGGAUGGCGCCGUUCUGCUUGCUCCUAUGUGCAAGAUUUCUGAUGACAUGAAGCCUCAUCCGGUCGUGGUCAGCGCUCUCAAGAUGGUAUGUGUGGUGGCGCCUAGUUGGAGGAUCAUACCAACUCCGGAUAUCCUUGACAAAGUUUGCAAAGAUCCAGAGAUGAGGAAACAGAUUCGUUCCAAUCCGUACAUUUACAGGGGAAAGAUCCCACUCAAGACUUGCCAUGAACUCCUUAUGGUGAGCCUGGACAUUGAGAAGAACUUGCAUGAGGUGACCCUGCCGUUCUUGGUUCUGCACGGUGGAGAUGACAUCGUGACAGAUCCAACAGUGAGCAAGAUGCUGUUUGAGGAAGCGUCAAGCAGAGACAAGGCCUUCAAGCUCUACCCUGGGAUGUGGCACGCGCUCUCGGCAGAACUCCCUCCCGACGCCGACCUCGUCUACUCCGAUAUCAUCUCUUGGCUGGACCAGAGGGUGAAUCGUGCUACUUGUGGAGCCAAUGUUUCAGAAAAUAUUGGCACAGCAAGUGCCUGA